AUGCUGAAAUCAAGCGACUUCCUGGGGCAUUUUCGUCGUUACACAUCAGGUGUCAUGUUUACACUGGCCUACGGGAAACGGCUGGAAAUCACCAGGAAUAUGAUCGUGGAGGCAUAUCCCGUAUUAGAUCACAUUCCUCGAUGCUUCGCUCCAUGGAAAAGGAUUGGGGAUCGCAUGCAUGCCCAGACGAAUUGGUCUAAGCAUAUUCUUGCGCUGAAAGAAGCAAAGAAGCUUAGCAACAAAGAAAUUGUUUACAUUCUGAGUGCUCUCUAUGAGGCUGGAAGCGAGACCACUGCGACCGUGCUUCAAAGCUUUGUCCUAGCUUCAGUUCUCCAUCCGGAAUGCAUUGGCCGUGCGCAACUAGAGCUUGAUGAAUCAGUUGGGAAUGACCGAAUGCCUACUUUCGAAGACAUGCCGCGACUUCCCUAUGUCAAUGCUUUCAUCAAGGAGGUCCUUAGGUGGCUCCCAAUCGCGCCCUUGGGAAUUCCACAUGCACCGAGCAAGACUGAUGAAUUUAUGGGAUAUCGUAUCCCUGAAGGGGCUACUAUAUUUCCAAAUAAUUGGACGCUCGAUUUGGACGAUGCAAUUUUCCGGGACCCAUAUGCGUUCAGACCGGAAAGGUGGCUUGAAGACCCUAAUCUUCCUUUGAGCACCUUUGGAUUUGGUCGGAGAGCUUGCCCGGGAAAAUAG